UGUUGCGGUAAAUCUUGUAAUAAUUAUGACUAAUGGAAUUUAAUCCAUGUGUGCCCGUUUGGGCUCUUUCAAGUGUAAUUAAAUUCAACGUUAGUUACUAUAGCGUUGGUAGUGACGACCAUUUUCUGGAAACGACUCAAGUCGGAGAUUGCGACUGUCAUUUACUCAACCAUGGAACCCCACAACGUAGAAAACCGCACCAACGAAAUGCGGACGGCCAAGAUGUGCCGGCUGUGUCUGUCCAGCGGGAACCGCGUGCUCAUCGCAACCGAUCACAACCUGCGAGCGCUGCUGGGGCCAAGCUACGAAAGUUUCCUGCCCGAAGACGGAGAUCUUCCGCAGCUGGUUUGCGAGCAGUGCUUCCGGACGAUUGGAACUCUGUGGGAGUUUGCCGUCCGGGGGAACGUUUCGGCGGAUCUGAUGCGUUCGUACAUUGCCGAUGAGGGCCCCUAUCCGACGGUGGAGAUCCGCAAGAAUCGUAUCGAACGGAUGGAAAAUCGACCGGUGUCGCCGGAGAGGAUCGUGGCGCUGGGGAAGAGUGGAGGGGCGCGGAGAGAUGUGAAGUCAGAAGAGGUUGGCAAAAGAAUUAAAACUGAAAGAUUGAAAAGUGAUAAGGUUAAGACUGAACCGAAGGAAGAUGACAAUGUAGCGAAGAAAAAAGUCAAAAAGGAUCCUUUGGAAACGACAGAUGAACUUUUUGGAUCCUGUGAUGUGAUACCACGAAAACCAGUUGAUAAGAAACUAUCGAGCAAAAAAAUUAAAUAA